AUGGCGAAUAACGGGGCUGCUUGUGCUGAGAGGGCUACAAAUGAUAUGCUGAUUGGUCCAGAUUGGGCUAUCAACAUUGAAUUGUGUGACAUUAUCAACAUGGAUCCUAGUCAAGCAAAAGAAGCAGUGAAGGUGCUCAAGAAACGUUUAGGAAGUAAAAAUUCUAAAGUGCAGAUUCUCGCUCUUUAUGCAUUGGAAACUCUGAGUAAGAAUUGUGGCGAGAGCGUGUACCAGCUUAUUGUUGACCGUGAUAUUUUGCCUGAUAUGGUCAAAAUAGUGAAGAAAAAGCCAGACCUGAGUGUGAGGGAGAAGAUACUCAGUUUAUUAGAUACAUGGCAAGAGGCUUUUGGUGGAAGUGGCGGAAGAUUUCCUCAGUAUUACAAUGCUUAUAAUGAACUCAGAUCUGCAGGAAUUGAAUUCCCACCUCGAACCGAGAGCAGUGUACCAUUCUUUACUCCACCUCAGACUCAGCCCAUUAUUGCUCACGCCGCUCCAUCAGAUGAAGAUGCUGCUAUUCAGGCCUCUCUGCAAAGUGAUGAUGCUUCUGCACUGAGCAUGGAAGAGAUUCAAAGCGCUCAGGGAUCAGUUGAUGUUUUGAUGGACAUGCUUGGGGCUCUUGAUCCAAGCCAUCCGGAGGGUUUAAAGGAAGAACUUAUAGUUGACUUGGUCGAGCAAUGCCGUACUUAUCAAAGACGUGUUAUGACUCUGGUGAACACUACUUCAGAUGAGGAACUUCUGUGCCAAGGAUUGGCGUUGAAUGACAAUCUGCAGCGAGUUCUUCAGCACCAUGAUGAUAAGGCAAAGGGAAACUCUGUUCCUGCAACAGCUCCCACUCCAAUACCUCUUGUUAGCAUCAACCAUGAGGAUGACGAUGAGUCAGAUGAUGAUUUUGGUCAGCUAGCUCUCAGGUCAAAGAGAGAGGGCGCACGAGCGAGUGGACAAGGGAAUUUCAACCCUAUUCUUCCUCCUCCACCAUCUUCAAUGAGGCCAGUACAAGUUGAUUCUGGUGCUAUGGACUUCCUCAGUGGUGACGUCUACAAACCUCAAGGAGUCGCGGAGAAUGUAAAGCCUCCGACCACUUCCCACUCACCAAAUCAAUACUCUUCUGCUCCUGUUUUCGAUGAUCCAGUUCCCCUGAGCAAAUCCCCUGAGCAAGCUUUGUUCACCAAACCACCAGUUUAUGACCAAUCUGAGCAAUUGCCUCCCGCUCCAUGGGAUUCUGACCGAACCAUGAUUUUCCCACCACCUAUGUCUGCUAGAACCAACCAGAGGCAAGAAUAUCAGCACAAUACUGUUCCUCAACACUCAAGCAGUGGCUCUGAUUCCUCUUACGAUGAUCUCGUGGGACAAUCCCGGAAUCUCUCUCUGAAUCCAACUGCCUCGGCUGCUGCUACUACACCUCCAAAGAAAGAUGACAAACCCGAAGAUAUCCUUUUCAAAGAUCUAGUUGACUUUGCCAAAACCAGGAAAUCAUCGUCUUCUUCCUCCAAACCCAUCAAUCAGAACAACAAACCGUUUUGA